AUGAUGCAAAUAUAAUAAAAAGCCAACUUAGAUGAUCAUUCAAGUGCAGUUUAAGCAUUUGUUACUCUCCUGAUGGAAAUACAUUAGUAUCUGGUAGUGCAUAUAACUCUACCUGUUUAUGGGAUGUUAAGACAGGAUAAUAAAAAGCCUAAUUGGAUGGUCAUUUUGGAGCAGUUUAUUCAAUUUGUUACUCUCCUAAUGGAAAUACAUUAGCUUCUAGUUGUUUUGAUAACUCUAUCUGUCUCUGAAAUGUAAAAGGAAAUACUCCAAUCAUAUAAGGGAUACAAAGAGCUGUUUACCUAGUUUAAAAUACCUUUUCAGAAUAGCUCCUUAUUGCAAAAUGGUCUUUAUUAAUUAUUAUAUAGUUAAUCCUUAUUGUACAAUACUUGUAAUAUAUUAGAAUCCUUGGUUAGAAGCAUCAGGAACACUUAUCUUAUAAGGACAAUUCAUGAAUUAUUAAGGGAUAGAUUUAAAACCAUUGUUUAAUCCAAAGAAAGUUGCUUUUUAGAAGUCUUAAAACAAAAGUUAAUUUGA